UUCUACAUUCUACAGAAUUCUCUAGAAUCUAGAGAUAUUACAACAGUUCCUUUGGAUAAGUUUGCCUUACAUUCAUCUGACAAGUUUUUAUAUGAGGAUUUCACUUUGAACCAUCAGAAAAAAAAGAAAAUUAUUUCAGACCAGAUAUUUCGGACACAAGAAAGGAAGAUACAUCAGAAAAUGCGCAUUUCAAAACUGAAAGUGAAAAUUCAAAAAACCAUAGAUAGAAUUAUAAAAACUGGACAAAAGGCAGCUGAAGAUUUGAUUGACAUAUGCUAUGAAGUGAUAGGUAACGUCAUAAUUGAGAUAUCUAACUCUAUUGUGGACAUAUCGAAUGAAUUUGCAAUUGACUUCUUUGGGGAAUUUAAAGCUGUCGAGUUAGACCGUUAUAUAAGAAGUUUGACAGACGAUGUAUCCCAUGCAUGUACAGACGACCACAUAGGACCAGAAAGACAUAAAAGUAAAAAUACCAAGCUAAAGAACAAUGAAUAUUUUCAACACGUACCCUUAGAGGCUUUCGAUCUAGUUGGUGAAAUUCGUAAAAGAUCGAAAUCAUUGUUGGAAGUUGUAAGUCGUAUCACACCCACCUUGUUGCGAUUGGGGCUUCAAGUGUUAAAACGCUCAUCCUAUCUUUGGAUUUCAGAUAAUGAUUUGAUCUUGCCGAAGAUCAGGGAAAUUGCAGACGAGGUUUUAGAUCUUCAGAGACCGUCACAAUCGAAUACAUAUAUGAAACGCAUGUCUACCUUCAAAUCUAGGAAUAACGCAAAAGGCGUUAUCUGGAAUGAAGAGCAGACAGUAAAACCUGAACAAUUAGUUGGUGCAGGAUUCAGUUUUGACGGUAAACAGGACCAUGUUAGAUGUACAUCGUGCGAAUGUACUUCAGAUGUAAGUAAAUGGAACAGGAACGAUGAAGAGUAUGCUCUCUCUAUUCAUAAAGGGUUAGCAAAGGACUGUAUAUUUGUAAGAACAUAUGGUGGGUCAUGUAAGCCAGAAUAUGUUUUACCAGACUAAACAUGUUUUGUUUUCAGACUAUUUGACACUAAAUUUCUUGUAAAAAAUAAUGUACGAAAUAUAAAUGUGGAUCGUUCAAACAUAAUUGCACAACGGGGGCACAACCAUAUCAUGAAAACUGUCUUAUAUAAACUUUUAACUGCUUAUACAUUUCAAAUGUAGUUACUUAAGCA